AUGGCUUCUUUGAGUUUCGCAUUGUUCUGCGGCUAUUUUCUGGCCAUUAUUUUGAUCAGUCAUGCUUUCGAGGCGCCCAAGGCGCAAAUCAAAGUUCUUAAACCUAAAGGGUUCGAAGUAUCCAUACCAGAUCAAAACGGCAUUUCCCUAUUCGCCUUUCAUGGCAAGCUAAACAAAGGAUUUAACGGCUUGGAGGCAGGACAGUUUUCGCGAGACAUAACGAAAGCUGAAGGAGGUCGUUGGACUUAUCGUGAUACGGAGACCGAGUUGAAAUCGGGCGAUACGCUUUACUUCUGGACAUAUGUUCUAUACAACGGCCAGGGCUAUCGCGAGGACAAUGGAAAGUUUGUGGUCUAAGGGUACAG